AUGCUCCCCGCCCUUGCAAAAGCCCAGUCCGAGGGGCCACUGACGCACAGGCUGCACGCAGCAAGGGCCCACUUAAGACUCCCGGUCCCAAACUUACAAGUCGGGAGCCAGAAGACAGGCUGGGCAUCAAGACAAGUGGCAGCCUAUCAGGACGCUACCCCUUCCCUGAGGGGCUCCACUUCCACCCCACCGCUGCUGCCUUUUCCCAGCCGUCUCAGUUCGUCCUACGGCCACUUUAGCGUGAGCCUGGCGGGUGCGUGCACCAUCCAUAAACUCGUGGACGCGCUCCAGCGCCACCUGAUCAUCCUCUACAUGCACGACCGCAGCUUGGGCGUGGCGGCGGCCAGUGAGAGGGAGCAGCAGGCGUGGUACGGCGCCCUGCUCGAGGUGCGCGCCGCCGCCGGAGCCCCCUGUGCCCAGUCCAUUGUCUCUCCAGGUUUCGGCUCCCACGAGGACCCGGGGGCCUGGAUCUUCGUUCCUUUUCAGGACGUCUGGCCCGUGACGCUGCGGCCCAAGGGGCUGGGGCGGACGCGAGGCCUGGGCAGCAGCGGCUACCACUUAUGCCUGGGUUUGGGGGUAGUGAGCCUGCUGCGCAAGCCCAGGGACAGAGGCUCUGGGAGCACCCAGGCAUUGCCGCUGCCGCCAGCCUUGCACCUGUCCGUGCUCAGUGUGCGCCGCUGGGGCCAGGCGGACUCUUUCUUAUUCCGGGAGCCCGGCCGCUCAGCGCCCACAGGUCCCAGGGAGCUGUGGCUACAAGCGCCCGAUGCCGUAGUGGCCUAAAGCAUUCACAAGACCGUACUGGCAGCCAUGAAGCGACUCCGGGACAGUGGUGCCAGUGACAGGGCUGAGCCACUGCCAGGGAUCCCUUGACGAGCGUCCCCCAGACCCACUGUCCCCCAACCUUAUGAAACCCUGGCCUCUAUGGCCCAAUCAAGCUGCAAGAGCUGUCGGGGUUGCUUGGGUGAGAGGAGGGACCAGGCCGACCCUUGA